AUGCAAAUAGCCGCGUCGCUGCUGUGCGACAGCAUCGCAGCGGGAGCAGCAGCAGAGUCGCACGGUCAGAUUUGGUCGCACGUUGACUCCCUCACAGACCUUUCGCCGUCGUCGCCGUCGCCUGUUGCGACGUUUUCGCCGGAAUCGAUGUUCACCGCGUAUCUGAUGACUGGCGACAGUGGCUCGAAUCCGCGACGGCUGCAGGCGAAGAAGACAUCGAAAGCGGCCGGCUGCGAUUAUCGCAAGGGCAGCUGGGUCCACAUUUCCAAAAUACCCGGAUACAAAGUGCCAUAUCCCCUAAACUGCUCGAAGCAUUUCAGCUGCACCAACGUGCCUCCCGGAAAGCAGCACCCCUCCAACUACGUCUGGGUGCCCGCGCCGCCCUGCAACUACUACACGUGGAAGUUCAAUGGCAAGCGGUUUCUGAAGAAGAUGCGGAACACUGUGAUGGCGUUUGUGGGUGACUCGUUAAACGACAACUUGUACGAGGGCAUCGUGUGCCUCCUGCAAGCAACAACACGGGUAGUGUUCAAGAAGGUCAAGGUGGGCAAUCGAAGACUUGGAUCUUACUUUGUACCGAAUUACAACCUCACCACUCUCACAGUCAACAGCGGCUACCUGGUUCAGAGCCCACGAUAUACCGCCAACCACAAGACGGCCGUCUACACAAUGAACCCCAAGUGGGCCACUCUCCUCCCUUACACGGACGCCAUUGUGUUCAAUGCAGGCCACUGGUUCUUCCACCCGCCCCAGAACAGUUCAGAGCCCUGGUACCCCAUCCCAGUCAUGAGCAAGGCGCUGGUAACCGUCCGGGAUUAUUUCGCCCAGGCGAACUACAAGGGAGCAGCUGUGUUCUUCACCUUCUCUCCCGUGCACGAAAAGGCUUUUUGCAACGCCGCUCAGCCGUUCCCGCCGAACGUGCAAGCGGAUAACACCCUGAUGAGCUUCAUCCUGCCUGCCAUGAAGAAACAGGUGACAGUCAUGAAACGAUCGACUAUGAAAGUAGCCGAAAUCACCUAUAUGAGUGCCAUGCGCCCUGACGCCCACCUGUAUCUGAAUGGGCGCGACUGCAGUCACUGGUGCCUGCCGGGAGUUCCUGACGCUUGGUCCGAUGUGCUAUACAAUAUCCUCAUGGGAGUCAGGAGGAACUUCACGUGA